GAAUUGCCAGUGGGGAGUCCGAAUGGACUGGAAUGGAGGAUGACGUGGAAGGUUGGGGGUGGGGGCAAUUAGGUCAAUUCAGUUUGCCGUCUGGAAAAGCUGUAUAAGUUUGAACGGGGGAGAUUUCGUUUCAUCCUCCACCGAGUUGAAACCCAACGUAGCCGUUACCCCUUCUCUUCUACAAACAAAAACCACUGUAAUUUUCCGAAUCCGUGUUUUCUUCUACGAAGGAGAUUUCCUUUUCCUUUCCCGACUGACUCGCUUCAACUUGACUCAGUGAGAACGAUUCGGUUCCGACUGAGUUUCUCAAGGAUCGCUGUUUUCUUUUUUGUUUCCUUCUGGCGGCUUAAUGGUUCAGCUCAUGAAUUCCAGGACGGAGAAGAUUCCGACGACGAAGAGGCUGAAGAAAGAGGUCGAGGAUUCUUUGGAAGACCUACUCGAUCAGUUUCACAAGCGAUCCAAAUCCGACUUCUCUUCCGAGAGAUGGACAUCAGAAGCCAUUGCGUUUCCUGUAUCAUCCAGUCCGUACAAUCCUCUAGAUGAGCCAAGCCCGUUGGGUUUGAGCCUAAAAAAGAGUCCGUCCUUGUUGGAUUUGAUUCAAGCAAAACUUUCUCAAGAAACUGCUAAAUUAGCGACUUUGAGCAAAAAAGACCACAAGGGAAGCAAUGCUUUUAGUACUGCAGACAAACUCAAGGCUUCUAACUUCCCUGCGUUGAUUCUUAAGAUUGGUUCUUGGGAGUACAAGUCAAGAUACGAGGGAGAUUUAGUGGCAAAGUGUUACUUUGCAAAACAUAAGUUGGUUUGGGAACUUUUAGAUGGGAAUCUUAAGAACAAGAUAGAAAUUCAAUGGUCGGAUAUCGUCGCCCUGAAGGCUACUUAUCCUGAGGACGGUCUCGGGACUUUGGAUGUAGUGCUGGCGAGACAGCCCCUUUUCUUUAGGGAAAUAAAUCCACAGCCUAAAAAGCACACUUUAUGGCAAGCAACGGCCGACUUUACUGGUGGAGAAUCAAGCAGAUAUAGAAGGCAUUUCCUGCAGUGUUCACAAGGCUUGUUAAACAAGCAUUUUGAGAAGCUUGUACGUUGCGACCCUCGUCUCAACUUUCUAAGCCAACAACCAGAUAUUGUGUUGGAAUGUCCAUAUUUUAAAACCAAUGGUCCAAGUGAAUCCAAAGAAGGAAUUGAUUUGAAGGAGGGACCUACUUUCUUUAGUUUAGGUAUGGUGUCCCCAUCUGGAACUCAAUCACCUUCCUCGGUUAAAGAACACGAGUGUCCAGCUGGUGCUUCUGAAGAAUAUUCUGAGAAAUCUCCAUCACCUAACUCAGGGCUGGAAGCUCAAGUGACAACUGAAGAGUUGAGAAACGAUAGAUCUGAAUGUUCAAGACUGUUAAAUAAAUGGGAUCAAGUCAUGGUUCCUGGAAUUCGGCCAUCGAUGUCUGUAAGUGAUUUUGUCAACCAUAUUGAACACUGCCUAUCACAGCAGAUGACACCCAACGGUCCCAUGUUUUCUGAAGAAAAUCAACAAAGCAGAGAGGCCUUAGAGGGAAUCACACAGUAUCUUUUUGGUGAUUCUCAACAUGCAUCUGACUCCGAUGAGCAGACCAUCAUGUCCAGGGUGAAUUCCCUAUGCUGUCUUCUGCAGAAGGAUUCUUGUAUGGCUAAGACCUUGCAAGCCAAAGCUGGUAAUAAUAGCCUCGAUGUUGUAGGUGGAAGCACCUUCCCUAUUGCUGCAUCAGAAUACGAAAUUGUGAAUCGAGAAGGCUUACCUGCACGCAAUGGCUUUGAAUCAAGCAAACACGUAGCAAUGUCGAGGAACGAUUCAGUUGGUGAGCUGCUACUUAAUCUUCCAAGAAUAGCUUCUCUCCCUCAGUUUUUGUUCAACUUGUUCGAUGAUUCCGAUGAUCGUGCUAGAUAACCUUUGUUUUGGUUCAACUUGUUAAUAGAAAGUCUAGCAAAACCCAUAAAUCAGGUCUCUACUGAAAAGCAAAAGAAAAAAGGAAUAGAAAAAUCCGCCCCUAUAGUUCGAUUUCUGUGUAGAGUUAGAUGAAUAACCGGUGCCUCUUUAUAAGUCAACUUUUGUAAAUAUAGGCAAGGUGCUUAAUGUAUAUGUAGCUGUAUCAACUAACAGCUAAGUGUCUCUUUUUUUGUCUCGACUUUGUAAGAACCAGAUUUGAUGUUUGAAGCUUUGUUGGCAAGUGUAUUCUCUCUCUCGUAAUGAACCAAUCUUUAGAUAAGAAACAAACAAAUAGUAGCCUGUUCAGAGUUCUACUUAAGAUGGCAAAGCCAAAGCAAGUGCUUGGG